CUCAGUUACACACCCGUCGCCACUACAGUAGUCCACUCUCGCUUUAACGGUAUUUCUUACAGCUAUUGACGCCAUGGCCACAGCGCGAAUCACUCCUUGGCCCAAGAUCAUCAUGCACUCCUUCUCUGUUGCUGGAGCGUCGAGUACGACUUCGAAGAAGCUUUUCAACGGAUCUUGGAACCGUCUUCUUAAUGUCAUAUUCCCUCCCUGGUCGACGUUCGAAAUUGUACCCCAAUUUCCUGCGGUCACGGCAUGCGAGGCGGUAGACUUCGCCGUCCUUUUCGUCGUCUACAUGCAAGCGACACCCGUGUUCGUAGUCGAGGUCAAACCGCUCGCCGAUUUUCCCCUCGCAUCAAAGCGUGAGGAGGCUGACAACCGGUUGCGUCGACAGUUCCUGUAUCUCGCCACCGAUUUGAAAAUACCCGUGCUGCACGGCAUAUCUGUGUUCGGGACCAGAAUGGCCUUCUACAAAUAUGACCGGGAUAGUAAACAUAUGGAGCCUGAGCGAAUCGUCGCCGAUCCCACACGGCUCACGGAUACGGCACCUAAACUUUGGUGGAAUUAUGACAUUUUGGAGCAGGAGGGUGCAGACAAGCUCAAUGCGGUAAGGAUGGACGUGAAGGAGAUGUGUUCACAGUUUGAGACGUGACAUUUUCAUAAGCAUCUAUCCUCCCCUUUUCAUGUAUCUGCUGUUGUGAUGCACAAAUCCUCGGUCUCUCUCGGCGUCGUGGCUGGAAUGAUUCACGGAUUCGUUGAUUGCUGACGAGGAUCCACCACCACUCGCUAGCAAUGCAUCCAUUCUCAAUGGGCUUCAUUUAAUCAAUCUGUACUUCUGUCUUUGCUACGUGGUUUCCUUCUUCUUAGACUAUGAAUGUAGAUCAGACUUUUCAGCGAUCGGCCUGGUUAUAGGCACGGUGUGCAGUCGCAAUGAGUCU